AUGCUCUACCCAAGUCCCGCGGAGAAGAAGCUGGCGCGGCUCAACGUGUUGCGGGUUGACAAGAACAACGGCGACGCGGAGGUCGUCCAUGAUGCGCACGUUCUGCCAGGCGCGCCCAUCGCGGACAUCAUGACGCGGUUCAGCGGCAUCACACCCCAGUCGCUCGAGAACUGUACGACUACGCUCCGCGGCGUGCAGUCCAAACUACUUGAACUUUUGAUGCCCAAACCCGCCACACGUUCGCCGAUUUUGCUCGGUCACUCCCUCGAGUCCGACCUCUGAUGGCGCGGGAGGGAGAUCCAGGCGAGAGGACAGGGCGGACACGACCCAGAGGAAGAUGCAAGGGCUUGGGCGGAGCUGUUGAGGCGGAAGAUCGAGAACGAUCCAGGAUUUGGCACGUUCAAGACGGGUAUAGAACCCGGCUGUGGACCGCAAUCCAGCGCAGCGCGCGCAUCCACGAACACACCCGCGGCGAACAACGCGGCAGUAUGCGCGGGCGUCAUAGACGCGGUUCGCACGGGCCACGACUUCGUGUUCGGACGGUUUACCGAGUGGGCCGAUGUGCUCGGAUGGUCAACACCAAAACCCACAGACCUAUCCAUCCCACAAGACUCCCUCCCCCCAUCACCAACCCUCAAAGAAGCCCUUACGAACCUCGAUGCCCGAGUCGCGCAGAUCCACGUCGCGCAGCCUCAUCGGACUGCGUUGCUCGUCAUGAGCGGGCACAUCGAUCCGCGUGAGAUGUCGCGCUUGUCGGCGCCCAGGUUUCCGUUUCAAGCGUACUAUGUAGCGCGCCGCUGCUGCAAAGCUCCAGUGCGAGUGAGCGCGCAUGUUGGGUUGCAGGCGGAUGAUGUCGACGGACGUGGUGAGGAGAAGGAGGAGGUGGUGGAGGUGCCGAGCUGGACAGCGUCGGAUGCGAGGGCGCUCGAGGAGGCUGUUGCGUAUGCGCGAAGGGGGUUGUUGUUCCUCGGAUUCAAGAACUGA